AUGGAAGCUUUGUUGGAAAGAACGCUGAAUAGGAUUGAGAACCUUGAAGGAAAGAUGUCAGAGCAAGCCAGAACAGUGACUCCAGCUGACCAGCCCAAGGAAGUGUCUCCUCAAACUGCCAAACCGUCAGAGAAACCCAAGGGCAUUCCUGAGCCUUCUCCUGAAGAUGAGGUGUCUGAAAGCGAAGGAUCUGAUGAUGAUGACGAUGAAUGGGUCACAACACCUUCCGGUCAACGAGUGAACAUCACUUCUGACGCUCUUCGAAUGAGAGCAAGAAGAAUGUGUGAACGCAAACCGACCGGUCGCUGCAACGUGGACUCAGCCACGGCUGAGGCAUACAAAACCGGAGGAGAAUCCCGAGAGCUGCUGGAAAUGGCCCUGCUAGAAUGUCUGGCAAAACACGGGGUCUCAAGAAAAUCGUACAAGAAAGUGAAGGCAGACUUUGUGACGAAGUGUCGCCUUGUCCGUGAGAGAUUGGAAAGCCGGCAGACGGAGGUCAAGGGCAAGUGGAUGACCCAGGAAGCCAUGCGCAAGCAGUUUUCAGUUAAGUCCAUCAAAUCGAUGGUGGCCUACUGCACCAGAUUCCCGGAAAGCCUUGUACGGGCCUGGAAAUACGAUGACAAAGUUUCUGAGUAUUUCGUGAUCACGGAUGAUCAUGCGCUGCACAAGAAGGAAGACACCACGGCGGAGCGACACGAGACAGAGCUCGAUGAAACUUAG